UUGUUGUUUGCCAACACUGUUCGCUAUGUGGAAACAAAGUUCAAGGAAGUAAAAAGACGAUUUGCAAUGACAAAACAGAAAUAAAAAACAGGAAGGACCAUUAAAAUAUUGAGCAGCUGCAUAACAAUUGUCGUAAAGACUUCUGUAGUGAGAAAGUCAUCAGCCAAAUGGUGGAGGAAACAACGCAAAGUAGCCGGCCGCGCAUGAAGACUGCACGUCCGAAGUCGGUGUGCCUGUGGUCGGUUACUGAUGUGCGGAAAUGGUAUAUGCGGCAUUGCGGCGAAUAUCCACAAUAUCUGGAACUUUUCUCUAAGCAUGAAAUCACGGGCCGUGCGCUGCUCCGCAUCAACGAUUAUUCCCUACAACGUAUGGGCAUCAGUCACAACGGCGAUCGGGAGGCCAUUUUCCGUGAAAUACUAAAACAACGACUCAAAACUGAUAUUAUGGAAAUACGUGAUAUGGAACGUGAAAUCAAUACCUAUUACAACACCAGAUAAAUUAACUUAAAUUAACCGAGUAUUAGGGAAAUCAUAGGCAAUUUAAGAAAACCUAUUAUGUAGUAGAAAGAGAAAUUUUGUAACGCGCGUUAUGGGUAUUGCAGCA